AUGCGCCGUCGCGUAAUUUAUUUUGUUUUGAUGAAUCAAAAUUUCAAAAGGGCGUUUUUGUUGCUGCAGUUUUUUUUGGUGUUGGCAUUGCUGAUAGCUGCGAGCAACUGGGAAAACGAUUCUUCUCUCAUCCUUUCGGAAACGUUGGUAAAAGAUGAUGUGCAAUUUGUUAAGGCCGAAUCUGAGUCAGAAAGACCACGGGUUGUCUUCCUUGUUAUUCAGACACGAAAAUCUCCCGGCUGGUGUCGGAUGAUGUUGAGUUCGCUUCUGUCGGAAGUGUCUGUGGUAUCGAUAGGGUUUGGAAAACGAUACAAUCACGCGAAGAGACCAUUGUGGAUUCUCGACUACAUUGAUAAUGAGGGUCUGCGCGAUGAAGACGUGGUGGUGG